AUGGCUUCCAGGCAAAUCUCCAUCGACGAGCUCAAUAAGACUGCUCUCGAGCACUUCGUCUACCAGCCCGUCAACCGUGAGAUGAUCUCUUAUCUCGCCCAGGCCGCUCACAACGUCAUCAUCUGCGAUCCUGUCCCUCCCAGGACCCAGCUCCCUCCCUCCCCUCCCGGUACCCCAGAGUCUGGAAACGAGGAGCCUCAACUGCCAACCCUCGAGGAGUUCAUCACCCAGCUUGUUGUCUCCUCCAACGUUCAGGUUCCUACUCUCAUGUCCAGCCUGGUCUAUCUCCACCGCCUCAAGUCUAAGCUGCAGCCUCAGGCUCGAGGUAUCCGAUGCACCGCUCACCGCAUCUUCCUUGCCGCUCUCAUCCUGUCUGCAAAGUACCUCAACGAUAGCUCCCCCAAGAACAAGCACUGGGCCAGCUACACCAACAUGGCUACUGACUACUACCACUUCGGCUUCAACCGACAGGAGGUCAACACCAUGGAGAAGCAGCUCCUCUUCCUCCUCGAGUGGGACCUGAAGGUCUCCGAGCAGGACCUGUACCGUGAACUGGAUUACUUCUUGUCCCCUCUGCGCCGCAAGAUCAGCGACCGCCAUGCUCGCAAGAUGGCCGAGCGCGAGGACAAGCGCAGACAGGAGGAGCUCCACGAGGCCGCUCGUCGGUACCCCAGCCCUCCUCGCUCGCGAUAUGGCGCUUCCAUGCACUCCAGGUCUGCUAGUGGUGACUCCAUGGGCGCACCCCCCGAUCUGGCCUACAGCAGCGAUGCUAGCUCUUACGACUCUGAUGACAACGACAACUCGUCUCGUGCUAGCUCGCCUGAAUAUGACAGCCCCCCGGCCAGCUACGACUCUCCAGUCGAGAUUGUUAUGGAUUACGAUGUGGGCAAGACCCACGGCCACGAAUCUGGUAUGCUUCCUUAUGAGAUCACGGCCGACCAGUACCACCAAAUGCAGAGUGAGGAGUCUAAGAAGCGUGCUCCCCCAGUUGUCAAGCGCAGCGUUCUCGGGCGCAUCUUGGGCACUGGCCGCUACUAG